UUCUUCCUCUGGCUUUUCAGGACCUGCGGUACCGUCGCUAGUUUUAAAAGUCGACUCUCGAUCAAGGGCAUUCGUUCGGCAAAGGGACAAUUCCCGUGGACGGCACCGCUCUUCAAUACUGUUAUAUCGACCAAGCCUAAGUACAUAUGCGGUACCAGCAUAAUUACCCGGCGUCAUUUCUUAACGGCAGCCCACUGUGUAUACUACGAAAACGGUAUACAACGACCACCUAACCACUUUGUGGUCGUGCCGGGGAUGUACAAUAUCGAUAGUUUCUUCGAUGAGGACAACCAGCUGCGGGACCUGUCGCGAAUAUCCGUGCACGAGGAUUACUUCCACGAGGAAGAUAUGUUAACCGAUUCCGAUAUAGCCGUGCUGGCCGUCUCACAGCCGAUUGCCUACAAUGACCUGGUGCGCCCGAUAUGCGUCUGGAGAGGAAGUAGUAACAUAGGGGAGCUGGUAGGCAGCACUGGAUUAGUAUCAGGUUGGGGCUACACCGAAACGGGAGAUGCCUCGUAUCCAAGCUACGUAUCGGCGGUAGUCCUUGGAUACCGAGAAUGCAGCCGUGCCUUCAGCCACAUAUUCUCAUCGUCUUCGCGAACGUUUUGUGCGGAUGGAAAAGGUUCGGUGCCCUGUCACGGUGAUUCCGGAAGUGGGCUAGUGUUCAACCAUGGAGGACAGUUCUUCAUCCGUGGUGUAGUGUCGAUUGGACAGCGUGAUCCUAACACCUUACAAUGCGAUGCUACAAAAUACGUCAUCUAUACCGAUGUAGCCGCGUUCUAUGAAUGGAUAAUAAGAGUUUUAUAA